ACAGCGAGAGCGAGAGCGACAGUGAAAGCGAUAAUGGAGAGGAUCCGGAAAAAAUAAAAGAAAAAAUAGAAGAAGCAGAGAAAGAGUUCAAGGAGAACGAAGCAGGGCACAACACAUUGAAGAAAGUGGUUGCACAGAACGAAGCAGAAAAGAAAGAAAGGAAAAGAAAGCUGGGCUACUGCGCGCUUAAAAAGUGCAGGGCAAAGAAAAGGAUGGAAGAGCUGAAAAAGAAGCUGGAGAAGAUAAAGUUUGGAAGGCCAGAUGCGAAGGUGGAGCUUUUGGUGUUCCGCAACGCAAACCACAGCAAGUCCGAUCUCGGGGCACACAAUGAGAUUCUUGAUCUUCUCAUCUCGAGCUACAACCAGUAA